ACAAAGUCAUAAACCCCGCCCACUUCUACAAUGUAUCUUCUUAAAAUGUGAUUUUAAACCUGACCUUAACCCUAAUUUAAGACCAAAGAGCUAAUUGGUUGUUUUCAUGGAUUGUUACGAUAUAGUCAAUUCUGACUUUGUGACUGCUGUCUAGUGGAAACCGUCGGAACCCGUACAUCAGCAUAGUUGCGUCUCCAGGACGACAAACAAUUACAAAACGAACGGAUAUGCUUGUUUGUAUCCAGCAACCAACACCUGUCGCCGAUAUCCUUGAACCGGACUGUUUCAGUGCUUUCAAAGAAGACCAUAUCGGUAAUUUUCGGGAGGGAUAUAUUUGUUUAGGAAUGUAUCGGUGGGCAACGACAGUGAUUGAUCAAUAACCAUUCAACAUUAGCUCAGAAGUUCAAAGAAGCUAGCUAGCGCGCUGCUGCAAGCAGUGCUGGCUGCCAAACAACAUAGCUAACUACAUAAUCACGAUUCAUGUGUUAACUUGUUUAUAUUCAACAACUCCUUCAAAACGAAAGAUGUUUCAUUUUUUAGGGUAGUCAUAUGGAGAUUGCAGCUGCAAAAGAAGUUGAUACAUUGUUGCCUUGAAUCAUCUGUUUUCAGAACAUUCAUGAUCAAGUGUUUCCUUGCAGAAUGUCUACUUGUGGCUGAUUUACUUUGUAAUUACCAAAAAGGAAUGAGAAACAUUGCAUAAGAGUUCGCUAUCUAAACAAAGAAUUAGGAUGAACAUCACGGAAGUGGAGGAUCAUAUUUCCAUGAAAUACGAAAUAAAGAGAAGACUUGGAAAGGGGGCAUAUGGGAUUGUAUGGAAGGCUGUGGACAGACAGACAGGAGAAGUUGUGGCUGUAAAGAAAAUAUUUGAUGCCUUCAGGAAUAGGACUGAUGCCCAGCGGACAUUCAGAGAAAUAAUGUUUCUUCAGGAGUUUGGAGAUCAUGCCAACAUCGUCAAACUGCUGAAUGUCAUCAGAGCUCAAAAUGACAAAGAUAUUUACCUGGUCUUUGAAUACAUGGACACCGACCUGCAUGCAGUGAUAAAGAAAGGCAACCUGCUGAAAGACAUCCAUAAACGCUAUGUCAUGCAUCAACUCCUCAAGGCCACCAAAUACCUGCACUCAGGCAAUGUCAUCCACAGAGACCAGAAGCCCUCCAAUAUUCUGCUUGACACGGAUUGCUUUGUGAAGCUUUGUGACUUCGGUUUAGCAAGGUCUCUCUGCCAGAUCCAGGAGGAUGCUGGGAACCCGGCGCUGACAGAGUAUGUGGCGACGCGGUGGUACAGAGCUCCUGAGAUCCUGCUGGGCUCCUCAAGAUACACAAAGGGGGUGGACAUGUGGAGCAUAGGUUGUAUCCUAGGAGAGAUGCUACUUGGGCAGCCCCUUUUCCCUGGAACCUCCACCAUCAACCAGAUAGAGAAAAUCAUGAGUGCCAUUCCACACCCCAGCCCAGAGGACGUACUUUCCAUCAGAUCCGAGUAUGGUGCCUCUGUGAUUCAGAGGAUGCUACUGAAGCCCCAGGUGCCUCUAGAGGAUCUUCUGCAGCCGUCGGUGCCCCCGGAUGCCCUAGACCUGGUGCGUCGCCUACUGGUGUUCAACCCAGACAAGAGGCUGACCGCUGAGCAGGCCCUGCAGCACCUCUACGUCUCCAGAUUCCACAACCCAGCCAAGGAGCCAGGUCUGGACUCUGACGUGAUCCUGCCUGUGGAUGAUGAUGUCCAGUUGUCGGUGGUUCAGUACCGCAACAAACUGUAUGAGAUGAUUCUAGAGAAGAGGACCACAAGGAGAAUGCCACGUCAUGUCCAGCCCAGGCCGAGGAAGAAAGAGGAGCCUGUCUCUAGGUCUGGGUCUGGGUGUGACAGUGGAGACCACGGGAGGGAAAGUCCCACUGGGAAGGACAAUGGAGGGCCGGAGCCAGUCCCAGUGGCUGGUGAUGGUGGAGGGGACCUUGGGGUUAAAUCCCCUCAUGAUAAGACAGAACACCAGGCUGCUCGUCCAGUUAUCACUGUACCUACCCCAGUACCUGUGUCCACCCAGCCAGCCCUGGAGAGGACCAGCCCUGCAGCUAGCCCCAUCAUGGGAAAGACUACAUAUAAUCCCAUCACACAUGUUGCCAAUGGUUUUGUUAGAAGUCUGGCUGGACCACCUCACUAUUUUCGCUCCGGUACUGCCAGCAGGAAACUGGAGGGACAGAUGAGUAAUGAAAAUGUAACCGUACCGCCAGCAGAGGGUGCUAAUGACACUGUUUCUAUGGAGCAGAUUCUGCAGCGCGGUCGCUCAGCCCCUGUCAGCCGUACCCGUUCCUUCUCCCUGACCCUCUCCCAGCCUCAGAACAACCCGCUGAUCCGCAGAGACGAGCCUUCGGUGUCCUCAGGGAUAUGUGUCACCUCUGCACGCCUGAACCAGAGGUCCCAGUCUCAGACACGAGAGGCACGGCCCCCUCCUCCCAGGUUCAGUAAGAAGGUUUUCCAGAGUAACGCCAACGUGGCGGCUGCCGGGGAUCCCCGUGCCAAACUAGGCAGCUACUCUCAGGCUUACGGCACCAUCAACAAGACACAACUGGACAACCUUAUGAGGAGUCGACACCACCAGUAACCACCACACUAUGCUGGAUGUAUGGGACACUGUCUGACAUCAGAUGGGGCAAGAGACAAGGGGACAGGGAACAGGGAGAUAAAGGCUAGUGGAAUGUUUGGAGAGGAAAAUAUUAUUGCAAGACAUAAGAUUUCAGCAGUACAGAUUGAAGUAACAAUGUAGACAUGGAAAUCCAAGGAGUAAAGGUGGCAAUGAUUUAAUGCUGCCAAUUUAACCCCAUUUUCUAUGUGAAAUAAUGUUGUGCUGGGUAAUGGGGACUAUGGACCCUUAGUUUAAUGUAACUAAAUGUGCAAGGGUUUUACUGUGAAAUGCUUUAUACUAGAGGGCACAAGACCUAGCAGUGUAAAUAUAUGUUGAGUCAGGCAAUACAUUUCUAAAACAGAACAUUUCUAAUGUUAUGUGUAAUAAGUAAAUAACUAUUUUAGUCAUUUCCUAGCAAGCAAAUUCAAUAUACUUUAUUGCAAAAUGGUGCUUCCAACACAGCAAAAUAAAUGUUGACAGUGUAUGUAUGUAAAGCAAACCUGUGGUUUCAUAUUAAAAAGAAGACCGCAAGCAAUUGUGAGUCACUUCUUUCUUUUAAA